GAUAAAAGUUUUGUUAAGAUACAAUGGACUCUGGUGGACUCCCACAUCCGUCUGGUCCAGGCAUGCAGCAGGAUGAGGAACUAUGCUAUUGUGGGAAAGGCCGUAACCUAGGAACAGUGGAGCUCCAGUGUCAGGCCUGUUCUCGAUGGUAUCAUGCAGACUGCACCAGCUGUUAUAUUGGGACGUGUAUCCCAUUUAUGUGUAACUACAUCUACCAGUGCAAGCACUGUAAUGAGAAUGGUCUAGAGAGCUUCCAGAAGAAACAAGCCAGUUUCCAACAGAUCUGCUACACAACUCUUGCCAACCUGACCUUUCUGUUCCGGAACGACAACAGAGUCAUGUUCUCCAGGGAUAAGGAGAUAAUUCCGUUUAUCGAGAAACAGUGGGAGAAUAUGACCACAAUGCCUCGGAGGGUGAAACUCACCUGGCACAACACUGUCAACAAAACACUGGCCAAGGAGACAGACAUAUUCUAUGGUAACGAGACCACCGUGGGUGACACUCAGUACGGACUGUUGAACUCUGACCUCUACAAGGUCACACCGGCUUUCGAGAUUCUCACCAAGGGAAAUACACAGAUACAAGCGCUGCAGAAACCCGGGGUCCCUGUGGACAAGGGACUCAGAGGGCAGAAGCGCAAGGCAAAUCAAGAUACUGUGCAGGUCACUAGCACCAAGAUGAAGAAAGGAGAUGUGCUGAACCUUGCCCGUCUGGCUCCCCAUGGCUACCCUACAGAGCACCCCUUCAACAAAGACGGGUACCGGUACAUCCUAGCUGAGCCUGACCCACAUGCCCCCAACAGACAGGCGUACGACGAGAGUGUUGAGUGGGCAGGGAAACCCAUACCUGGAUACCUGUAUAGAACCUUCCUGGGUUCACAGGUUCUUCUGGCUUUGCAUGAUAGAGCUCCCCAGUUGAAGAUAUCAGAUGACAGACUGUCAGUGACAGGGGAGAAGGGUUACAGUAUGAUCAGGGCCACUCACGGUGUUCGUAGCGGCUCUUGGUACUAUGAGGUCCAAGUGGAUGAGAUGCCAGAAAACACUGCCACAAGGAUUGGAUGGUCCCAGCAACAGGGAAACCUACAAGCGCCCUGUGGCUAUGACAAAUUUAGCUACUCAUGGCGAUCCCGUAAGGGCUCCAAAAGUCACCAGAGUUACGUGAAGCUCUACAGUGAGCCUUACAAGGAGGGGGAUGUUCUGGGCUUCUACAUCUCCCUGCCCGAGCUAGACAACCCAAACCACCUUGUGCCAGUGUCUCAUAAAGAUAAGCCACUGGUGAAGUUCAAGAACCACCUGUACUAUGAGGAGAAGGAUCAGGUGUCGGAGGCGGAGAAGGCCCUCACAAUCAACCCAGGAAGCAAGAUCUGUUUCUUCCUGAAUGGGAAGUUCCAGGGUGUAGCCUAUGAGGACCUGUUUGAGGGGACAUACUACCCGGCAAUCUCACUGUAUAAACUGGCCAAGGUAACAGUCAACUUUGGACCAUCGUUCAAGUGCCAACCAGACAAAAUACAGCCAUUUCAACCAAUGUCAGAAACCGCCCAGCUGUCCAUGGUCGAGAAUACGCUGUCAGAUAUGCUGUUCCAUGUGGAAAAUGAGGGAAAACUGCCAGACUUCCAAAACUGAACAUGUUAUUCCUCUCAAAAUGGAUUGAUAUUAUGUCAAACAAACCUCUGUAGAUGUCAACAUUUUGGCAGAAAUAACUGCUGUUAGCAAAAGAAUGUAGCAAAAACCUGCUGGUCAGUUUAGUAAGCAUGUUCACAUUGCAGUUCUCCAACGAUGACAAGGUCAGGUUAUACCUCCAACCCAGAAUUUACAUUUCAAAUGGGGUUGAAGUCACUGUGCUAUGUAGGCAAUAACAAUGUAGUUAUUCAUUGUUCACUUCUUAAAUAAUUGUUUGGUAUUUUUAUUUGAUAUGUUUUGUUGUCUCUGAAAUCUGAAUGUAUUACAGUUAAUAUUUGAAUCAUGCGUACCAGUAUGUUGCAAAACUGACACAUACAGUCAAGUCUCCACGCUUGGUGCCUAGGUGCCAAAUAGCACAAUAUAAGAAAUGUAUGCAGCCAGACUGGGGCUCGAUCCGUGGAGCCCUCACUGUCUGGGCGAGUGCUCCACUGAUUAAGCUACUGGGCUGCUCACACACCUGUAAAGGUCAUUGUACCUUGACAUGAAGAACAUGUAAAUCAGAAUGUAAUACAAUUCAUAUUUAAAUCACAUGAAGUGUAUGUAGUACAUGUAAAUCUGAAUGGAAUAAUGUUUAUAUUUGAAUUAUAUGGAUUGUAGUACAUGUAAAUCUGAAUGGAAUACAAUUAAUUAAUAUUUGAAUCAUAUGUAGUGCAUGUGAGUGUGUAAUAAAAUGUAAAAAAUC